AUGCCGCGUCCGGUACGGAAUGAACUAGGAGCUUCAGGCAAUCUUUUCCCCAUUUCCGCAAUCUGGUGUUGUGAUCAGGCCAAGACUCUUCAACGAGGUAUUGAACCCUGUGGCAUAAACCAGUACAACAUUGGGGCAUUCGAAACUGAUUUGAAGCUUCAGCUCAAGCAGUUUGCUUCAGGUGUGCGGCACGAGAAGCCCAUCAACCUAAACCGGACCAAACUACCUCCGCUUACCCAGGCCACCGAAAACGUCGCGAUGGGGUCCGACGACGAGCACCGCAGCCAUAAGCCACGGCGCAGUCGCUAUGACGACGACGAUGACGAGAGGCUUCGCAGAGACACAAAGGACAUGGAGAGCCAUCGGCGCAGACGCAGUGGAGACAGGGACGGAGGCCGCGACUCGGACAGACGCAGGGAAAGACGGAGGUCACGAUCACGAGACAGGCACGAAAGGCGACGCUCACGCACACCAGAAUCAUCAGCGCGCAGACGCUCCCGCUCACGAGACCGCGAUCGCGAAAGACGCAGACGAAGAUCCCCCCACAACGACGACCGAGGCCGCAGCAGCGGGAAAGAGCUCUCCCGCCGGCGCCACCAUGACCAUCCCGACCCUGAAUCGGGCACAGAAAGCUCCAACAAGCGCAGAACUGCCAGCCCUCUACGUCGCUUAGGGCCGCUACCUUCCCAAGGCGACUCCUUUGCUGUUUCCAAGGGCGAAGAGCCCGAGAAACCCAAAGAGAAGCCAAAUCUGCGUAACUCUGGCGCCCUGGCGGCGGCAUCGAACUCGGUGCAGCAGGCAGACGGCACAUCGAUCGUUCUGAAAUAUCACGAGCCUGCUGAGGCGCGGAAGCCACCUGCUAAGGACCAAUGGAAGCUCUUUGUGUUCAAGGGAGCUGAUAUCGUCGAUACGAUUGAUCUGGGGUUGCGGAGCUGCUGGCUCAUCGGUCGUGAGGCCGCGGUCGUGGAUCUUAUGGCGGAACAUCCCAGCAUAAGCAAGCAGCACGCCGUCAUCCAGUUUCGGCACGUGGAAAAGCGCAACGAGUUUGGAGAUCGCAUCGGAAAGGUCAAGCCUUACCUGAUUGACCUCGAGAGCGCCAACGGAACGAUACUCAACGGGGAUAAGGUUGCAGACAGUCGAUACUAUGAGCUACGGGAUAAGGAUAUGAUCAAGCUGGGACAUAGCACGAGGGAGUACGUGCUCAUGCUGGCGCCCAAGGAUUGA